AUGAAGGUGGUGAUAAGCCUCCUGCUCCUUGUCCUGGCACAGGUGUGUCUGAUGUCCAGCUUGGUCCCGGGCCCCUCAGAGGCAGAGGCAGGGCCUGGGACUCUGAGGAUCCUUGUUCCCCAGAACCAGCUCUCGGGGGAGGAGGAAGAAGAAGAGGAAGAAGAGAAGCCUUGGCCAGCAGCCGGCGGCUGGGAGCUCUCCCAGGAGACGUCCAACUUCGGGUUCAGUCUGCUGCGCACAAUCUCCAUGAGGCACGAAGGCAACGUGGUCUUCUCCCCACUCAGCCUGUCCUUCGCCAUGGCGACCCUGAUGCUAGGGGCUGCGGGGCCCACCCACACCCAGAUCCUGAACGGGCUCGGCCUGCAGGCCCUGAAUGGGACCCAGGUCACAUCCGUGCCAGCCCUCUUCGGGCGACUCAGAGAGACCCUGUCCUGCAACCAGGAGCUGGCCCUCACCCAGGGCAGCUUGGUCUUCAUCCACAAGGACUUUGAUGUCCAAGAGACCUUCCUCAAUUUAUCGAAGAGGUAUUUCGAUACGGAGUGUGUGCCGGUGAACUUCCACAAUGCCUCCCAGGCCCGAGCGCUCAUGAAUCAGUACAUUAACAAAGAGACUCAGGGGCGAAUCCCCAAACUCUUUGACAAAAUUAAUCCUGAGACCAAGUUCAUUCUUGUGGAUUACAUCCUGUUCAAAGGGAAAUGGCUGACUCCCUUUAACCCUGUCUUCACGGAAGAUGACACUUUCCGCCUGGACAAGUACAAGGCAGUCAAGGUGUCCAUGAUGUACAGGGUAGGCAAGUUCGCCUCCACCUUUGACAAGAAUUUGCAGUGCCACGUCCUCAAACUGCCCUACCGAGGAAACGCCACCAUGCUGGUGGUGCUCACGCAGAAGCUGGGAGACCACCUAGCCCUUGAGGACUACCUCACGGCAGACCUGGUGGAGACGUGGCUUCGAAACAUGAAGACCAGAAAGAUGGAAGUUUUCUUUCCGAAGUUCAAGCUCGACCAGAAAUAUGAGACGCACGAGCUGCUUAAGCAGUUGGGGAUCCGAAGCAUCUUCUCCCCCUGGGCUGACCUCAGCGAGGUCUCUGUGACCACAAGAAAGCUUCAAGUAUCCAAGGUUUUACAAAAAGCAGCGAUUGAGGUCGAUGAAAAGGGAACAGAGGCAGUGGCAGGAACCCUGUCACAAAUUGUCGCUUAUUCCAUGCCUCCCAUCAUCAAAGUGGACCGGCCAUUUCAUUUCAUGAUCUAUGAAGAAACCUCUAGGAUGCUUCUAUUUCUGGGCAGGGUGGUGGAUCCCACUCGCCUGUGA